AUGGUUACAUGCUUGAAGUGCACCAGAUUCGUCACCCAGACCGAGUUUGGUUGGUGUUGUGAAUGUCUCAAUUUUGUCGGUCUUAUGCCUGGAAAUAUGGCUCCCCAGUUGCCCAGUCAACCCCCAAAUCAUUACAACAUCAUCCCUUCUUACCCUCCAGCGGCAGCCCCCACACCCUCUAUAUUCCAAGCGCUUCCCGCAAAUCCAACAACACCAGCAGCUAAUUUGGCCCAAUGCGCGGGUUCCAACGCCCAUAUACGGAAUAUUAGGAAGUCAAAGCGUACUAAAAACCCUGCUCCUACUCCUUACUCUAGAAACCCAAAACCUUCUGUGUCAGCAACACUCACUGAGAGUCCAAUGCGAAUGUUCAAAUGUGGAAUCUCGUUCUUCCAGGACAAAAAGCAGAAGAAAACCGGUAUCAUGAGUUACAUGCGGCAGAUUGACACAAGCCUUCCCAAUUUAUACGAGACUCUUCAACACCAAUUAUGGCAGUUGUUCUUGCCCGAGCUCCUACGCAAGGAACUAGUCGAAGGUCUACCCAAAAGCCCAAUUGGCCGCACAUCUCUAAGCCACAACAAGAGUGUUCUGGAUCCCCAGACCCUCCUCCUCCUUGUGAAGCAGUCGACUAUAAAGAAGCCAGUUCAGAUUGACCUGAUCUAUGAGGACAAUGGAGAAGAUACCGACACAAUCCCUGAAACUGAGACACCGGCUGCAACUGAAAGGUCCUUGAGAUCCCAACAAAGUUCUGCGACCUUCAGAAUCCCAUCACCACUUGAAAGUCAGAUUGUUCCCCGUCAGACUUCUCACAUAACUUCUCGUAGACACAACGAAGAUCAAGCAUCUACCCCAACAGCUGUGGCAGCUAGGCCAACCAAAAACUCUUGGGCACUUGGUGGUAUUGCAGGCACUGUGCCUGCUCGUGGAAGUGCAAGCCUUUCAACUCACAUGAAUUACCUUGGCCGACCCCUAGCCACCACUACUCCACUCACUGUCAAGGUUGAUCACAACACGCUUGUUGGUCAAGGCAGUAUGAGGAGAGCCUUUUCGGCUGAGGUCAAGACUGAAGGCCGGAAUGGAGGACCACCACGCAUCACUCACUGGGUGGCAAAAGUGCGAUACCACAAUGAAUACCCAGACAUCAAACUCCAUGCUACCAAUGCCCGAAUGUAUGAGGCAGCUGGACAUCUCCUUCAAGCAUACCAAGCAGUCAUCAAUAGGUGCUCAAGCAAUCUACUCACUGGUGUCUUGAGAGAAAAGGCAAAGGCCUUCAAGCUUGUCCGCCAUUGUGUAAUAUUCAUUGGUGAAGAACACCUUCCAGCUCAAGUCUACUUUUUGGAAGCUUGCCUCCAAGGGGAGUACGUCAAAUACUUGAGCAAUGUUAACUUCUCCGUCACUGGCAGGCAACCUGGGAUGGACUUAGAUAACCUGUCUAUCAUGAAUGCUUUUACCCAUUGGUCAUAUGUCAUUUCCAAUGGGGCUAGCCUUGUAUGUGAUCUUCAGGGAGUCGGAUCAACCAUCACAGAUCCUCAAAUAAUUGAUCGGGAUUAUGUUCGUUGGGCCGAUGGAAAUAAUGCCUCCAAAGGAAUACAAAAUUUCUUAGAGAAUCACAUCUGCAAUGAUGUCUGUAGGGCUUUGAAGCUUGGCCCUCCCAGUGAUAUCGUGCCCGAAGUCACCAAUCCAACUCCACUUCAAAGAUCGGUUCAAUCACACGUUGCCCAAGGACUCGGAGGACCAAGUCAAGCAGCUGGGUUUCCAACUGGGUCUCGUGCAAUGACUGAGAUCCGUUCCAACUCUGGCAUUUGUGCAAACCCUGCCCCAAGUCAUUCUUCCAUAGGAAAUCUGCCACGGUCUGAAUUCCUCACUUUUUACUGCUCAAAACUAGUCAAUAGCGUGAAAAUUACACUCAUUUAA